GAGGGAUAUGGGGGAAGAAGGGAAAAGGGAGGAAGUAAGCAGGAAAAUACAUUAAAAUGAAAAAAAUAAAAAUAAAAGAAGCAGAAGAACAACAACGAGGAGAAGAAGAAGAGAAAACACAGCUCUUUUUCCUGUUUCAUGUGUCCUGUUUUGUAUCUUAACAUUGAAACUUGGAAGUUUUGUGAGCGAAUCAAUUCGAGCGAGCUCUAAGAGACGACCUGAAGACAGAGGGGAUUGGGAAUCUGCCAACUGUUGAUUACCGAUCGUGGAAAGACUUUUGUUUUUUGAGGGUUUUUAUUUUUUUAAUUUUUUGUUUCGAUGAGGGUCUCUGAUUGUUCGAUCAUUGUGGUUUCGGAAGAUUUACUUGGUGGUUUAUUGUGGGCUUCUGAUCUCCGAAUUGAGUUCGGCCUAUUUGGGUGGGGAAUUUGAGGGGUUUUGAUGCUCUCUUUGGGGAGUAGGGAUGGGAGGAAGGGGUUAGGGUUUGGUGUUGCAGGAGAGAUGGAAGAGACAGAGAUAGAAGAAGGUGAGGCUUGCGAUUACCAGGACGACGACGCAAGCAUCGACCCUGAUGUCGCUCUCUCUUACAUCGAUGAAAAGCUUCAAGAUGUCUUGGGCCAUUUUCAAAAGGAUUUUGAAGGUGGGGUUUCUGCAGAAAAUUUGGGGGCAAAAUUUGGUGGGUAUGGUUCGUUUUUACCCACUUAUCAACGCUCUCCUUCUGUUUGGUCUCAACCAAGAAGUCCACCAAAAAUGCAGAACUACAAUACGCCAAGAUCACCAAACCAUUUGUCGGUGGAGGGUGUGCAUCAGAACUCUUCAGUUCCAUCAAGUGCACCCUUUGCUGUCAGGCUAGGACCUGCUUCUAGCAAUGCUGCACCACCACCUGUUUCAAGGGUCCCAUCCGUGGACAAUUCUGUUAAAAGAGAUGUAUGCUCGUAUCCUCCUCGUGCCUCUGCAGAAUUCAGUCCCAACCAUGAGCAUGUAAUUAAAUCAGUUAAUCCAAAUGACCAGAAAACACUAAAGGUUCGAAUUAAAGUAGGUCCUGAUAGCACUUCAGUCCAAAAUAAUGCUGAGCUCUACAGUGGUCUUGGCCUUGAUAUGUCUCCUUCUUCAUCAUUUGACGAUAGCGCCGCUGAAAGUGGAGGGCUGUCUCCUGAAUUUCGAGAUUUACCAGAUGAAUCUCCAACUAUUAUACUUCAGAUUAUGACGUCGUUUCCAGUCCCUGGGGGCCUCUUGCUAUCACCUCUUCAUGAUAGUCUGUUCUGCUUAUCAGAAAAAGAAAAGCUUCAAAGGGAUGGUAGAAGUGGGCCUACGUACAUGGGUGGCCAGGAAAGUUCUGGCAUGCUAGUGGACGACUCUUCUUCUGUAGUGGGGAUUAGCAAAGUGUUGGGAGAAAGGAAAAUGAAGUCAGUGGAGAAAAGUGAUAAAUCUUUAGAAAUGAAGAAUGGGAGUGGUAAGGAUUCUGGGAAUGACAUUACCUCUCUUUUGAAGAAGGAAAUCGACAUUGACACCAUGGCAGGCAGGGAGCUUGUUUCUAAUGCUUUGAAACUUCCACUUUUAUCCAGCUCAAAAUUUGAUAUAGGGGACACAACAAAAGGUGCUGUUAAGGCUCCUGAUAUUUCUAGGGAAGCUAAUAAGGGUAUGGUGAAGGAGAAAAUAUUCUCUUCUGACUUAAGAAAGGAGGAAGCCUUGGAGUUGGUGCCCAGCCAAGAUCUGGCCAUGUUUGAUAAGCAGAGUGCCAAGAUUAGUCCAGCAGACAAGGUAUUGGACGUGAGGAAGGAUAGGAGCAAAGGUAACAAGAGCUAUGACAUAUGUGUAACUGAAUCAGAUGCUACCAAGUGGAGGAGAGAUCUUGAUGGUGGAAUCGCAGUUGCUCCAAAACAGAAGGUUGGACAGAAAGCCCCAUCCUAUGAUCAGGAUGGAGUGAAGAGGCCCCAUGUUAAGGAGCAGCUAUCUUCCAGUGGAAAAAGGAAAUCAAAGGGAAGUCGAAGUAAUGGAACCCCUGCUGCAGAGUUCCCCAAGGAAAGCUUGAAGCCUGUUUCAUCUUCAGCAUCGAAAGAUAAGAAGAAAAAUAGCCAAGCUGGUGAUUACCCAUUUAAUAGUAAAUCAGAUGUUGUUAAAUCACGUAAAAACUUGGGGAAGACCAUGGACAAUCAUAGGGAUUCAAUAGGUGAGCCAGUAGUGGAGAAAGCUGAGGAUAGAGUAGAUUCAUUGGAAAUGCCUUUUAAAGACCGGCAGAAUGACUCAAAGCCUGAGAUUUUUGAUAAAGUGGCUCACACAUUGUCAGACAAACCAAAAGACAGAUCAACUGGUACAAAGGUUGGUAACCAAUUGACAUCAGAGGCAUAUCCAAGGGCAACGCUGACAGCUGCUCCUUUAAUGGAAAAUGGGCCCGUUUCUGAUGCAGCUCAUCCACCUCUACCUUCUGUUCUUAUAGAAAAUUGGGUUCUCUGUGACAAGUGUCAAACAUGGCGUCUUCUACCUUUUGGCAUGGAGCCCACAGUCCUUCCAAAGAAGUGGCUGUGCAGAAUGCUUAAUUGGCUGCCUGGAAUGAACCGGUGUGAUAUUAGCGAAGAGGAGACAACAAGAGCUCUGUAUGCUGCAUACCAAGUCCCCAUCACUGAGGGUCAAAAUAAUAUGCAUAGUCAGCUUGAUGCAGCUGCAUCAGGGGUAACUUUGGAUGAGGUACAGCGACUUGACCAAAACCACCGUAAUCUUACCUUGCGGGCUCUGCCUAGCAGUGCAAAGAAGAGACAUGGUUUGAAGGAAGUACCAAGUGCAGCCAACCACCUGGGAUCCAUUCACUUUUCAAGUUCUGCAAAGAAGAAUCAACAGCCGUCUGCGAAAAGUAGAAGCUUAACUGACGUGAACCAACUUCCUUUGGGAUCCAAUCCUGUGAACAAGUCCGUCUUCCAACAAUUAAGUCAGUCAGGUGACUUGGCUGCGGAUAAACGCAUGCAAAAACAGAAAGAGAAGCAGAAACUGCUUGAAAUCCAUUUGGAUGGAGGUGUUUCUAGGCACUCAAAAACAAAGUGCAAGAGGGAAACUGAUCAAAAUGAAGAUAGAGCUUAUAAGAAAGUGAAGACAGAAGGUAUGUAUUAUACUGAUGAAGAACAGAAUUCUGACCUCGGGAUUGCCCAGCCCUGCUCAAGUAGUGGUUUGCUAGCUAAGGCACCUGGAAAGGAUCCGAACAAAUUUAAUGAGCACUUGUCUAUGAAGGAUUCAAAGCAUGAUAGCAAAGGCAGUUUUCCUGCUUCUGCAAAGAAACAUAAGGAUCGAGUUCAGGUUUCUUUGGAUGGAGGGGCUGCCCAGGAUAUGAAAAAAUCAAAUAAAAUGGAUGCCGCAGCUAAGAAGAGGAAAGUGAAGGAGUGGCAGGAGAAUCGGAUUUCUUUAGAUCCAAGUAGUGGGCAUCACUUCCAGGACGGCAGGGGUUCUGUGAAGGAGGAGACCAGUGAAAGUGAACGCCCAAAGGAGAAGAAGGCCAAGGCUUCUAAGUCCGAGGCAAAGGAGUCCAGCACGAGUAAGGGUGAUGGUAGAACAGACAAAAAGGGUCAGUUGACCAAAAUCCUCUUGUCCGGAGGUAGAGAUCAACCAAUUGAUGGAGCAGAAGAAGGCGGCACAUGUUAUAUGGAGAAGGACCAACAAUUAGGGCAAUAUCGGGGAGGAAAAGAUGGCUCUCAACGGACCUUGGAAGUUUUGGAGUCAUUAAAAAAGGAUAUUGGAUAUGGACAGCCUUCCAUGGCUGCUACUUCCAGUUCUUCAAAGGUUUCAGGAUCUCGUAAAACUAAAACCAACUUCCAGGAAGUGAAAGGUUCACCAGUAGAAUCAGUUUCAUCGUCUCCUUUGAGGUUUUCCAAUCCAGACAAGCCUAUGCUGGCAAGAAGAGAUAUGUUAGGAAAAGAUGAUGUGAUGAACGGUGGUGUCUCUGUUAUGGGUAGCCCAAGAAGAUUCUCUGAUGGUGAAGGGGAUGGUGGGAGUGAUCGGUCUGGUAUGGUAAGGAAGGAGAAGACUUUUUCUGUGUUACAUCAUGAAGGCCUGGAGUCUCCUGUGCUGGAUUAUCAGGACAGGGAUGCCGAUCACACGUUUUUUGGCAAAGGGAACUUGCAGAUUGAACCUUCUUCUGAAUUUGAAAACACCCAUUUGGUGAAUGGUGAUGCUGAUAGCACAGAUAGGCAUAACCGAUAUCAGAAUGAUCCGUGGGCUAAGGACCAUGACCCCAAUGAGGAGAGGGUGAACAACGGUCAUUACCGUGUCAGUGGUUCUCUUCCUCGGAAGUCUGGGAUGGGAUCCUCAUCACGGUCUAAAGAGAAGCACAGAAGUUUCAAGUCUGGUUUUGAUAAGGGUAAGGUUAAGCUGUCUGAUUCAUUCAGCGAGCAGGAAGACAUGUAUGCAAUGAAGAGUUCGAGAUAUGAGGCAGAGACUGAAUCUCAUGAUCGUUCUCCUUACCAUCAAGAUAUAAGGGAUGGGAAAUACGACUCUCAGGAUAAAUGUGCUUUUAAGUCUAAUAGGAAUGAGAAGACUUACUCAGGUAAGAAAGAUUCUGCAGGGAAAUGGUCAAGUGAAAGCAGUAGAAGAGAAAACCAAUCGAAACUUGGGGGACAUGAGGGCUUUGAUGUGAAAUUUGGUGCCACUUGCAGCAAGGAUGGAAAAUCCAUCACACAGCAAAAUCUACUGCAGGUCCGUGACGGUGAGAGAUCCUCUAGUCGGUUUCCUUCGGACAAAAAUGAUAAGAUGGAUGUAGCAUCGGGGAGAGGGAAGUCGCAAUUCUUUCCACGUUCUGUGGAUAAACAGGAAACACAAACUCGAUGUCCCCGAACAAUGCCAGUAGGUGUAUCUGAUGUUGUGCUUGUUGAUGCUUCUGGUAGUGGUGGUGAUGCAUUGAAAGUUUCAAGUCACCCUAGGAAGGCUGAUAACCAUAAUGGAGCUAGUCAUAGUAAUUCAAGACAUCCUACACCUAAUGGUCCCAUCGGGGUCAAGGAUCUCAAUGCUCCAAGUCCAGCUAGGAGGGAUUCCUCUGGUCAGGCUGCUGCUAAUACUGCAUUGAAGGAAGCCACAAAUCUGAAACACACUGCCGAUCGUCUUAAGGACCCUGGCUCAGAUCUUGAAAGGACUGGACUAUACUUUGAGGCGGCGUUAAAGUUUCUUCAUGGUGCCUCACUUUUAGAACCUUUCAGCAAUGAGGUUACGAGAUGCAAGAGUGUGUACAGUGAAACUGCCUUACUGUGCGGGUUCUGUGCCCGUGAAUAUGAGAGAUUCAAAGAAAUGGCUGCUGCUUCCAUGGCUUACAAAUGCAUGGAGGUGGCACACAUGAAAGUUAUUUAUUCCAAACAUUUUACUGCUUCUAAAGAUCAAAUUGAGCUGCAAAAUGCAUUGAAAGUGGUUCCUCCAGGAGAGUCUCCAUCCUCGUCAGCCUCAGAUAUUGAUAACUUGAACAAUCAAGCAACAGUGGAUAAGAUUGCUGUAUCUAAAGAUAAUAGUUCUCAGGUUGCUGGAAACCAUGUUAUUGUUGCUCGAAACCGUCCCGCCUUUGAGCGGCUGCUUGGCUUUACACGUGAUGUAACUAGUGCAAUGGAAGCCUCAAGGAAAUCCCAGAAUGCUUUUGCAGCUGCUAAUGCUAGCCUGGAAGAGUCUCAGCAUGGGGAGGGAAUCUCUUCUGUAAAGCGGGUACUUGAAUUCAGCUUCCAUGAUGUGGAGGGACUACUACGUCUUGUACGGCUUGCGAUGCAAGUAAUUAGCCGUUGAAAUUCAAUGGUUAUAGUAAGUCAAUCCUGUGAGUAUGUUUUCAUUUCCAUGGGUAAGCAGGCCUUAAAGGAGGAGGGAAAAGAAGCCGAGCUGGAUCUCUCAGAUGCAGAUACUCCUGAGAAUGACCAGGCUAAUGCUGGUUCAGUGCCUCUCUGUACAGUGUGUACAAAAUGAGAUUGAUAAUUUUCAAGAUAUAUUCGUUUGAUUGUUCGGCUGGAUUCUAACACAGACAAGGGUGCAGCACACCAUCCAAAGAUUUGAAGGUUGGGUUGAAGAAAGUGCUUCUCAUCGCAAAGGCGUCUGCUACAAGCUUUACAUUAGUACAGAAGUGCAGUCUUGUGGCUUUAUUGGGGUUUGAAUCUGGGAAAAAAGAUAAAAGAUUCAAUACCUUUGUUACAAAAGGGCAGUCUUGUGGCUUUAUUGGGGUUUGAAUCUGGGCAAGAUGAUAAAAGAUUGAAUGCCUUUGAGGUUGGUUUGAGGAGGCCGAAUACUGACAUGGUUAGCUCUGAUUGAUUCCUUUCUUUUUGGUGUUUCUGCAAAGGACUUCAAUUUUGUUUGUUUGUUUGUGUUUUUUUUUCCUUUUUCCAUUUCAUUUUUUUUAUUCAAAAAUGGAAAUCCAAGAGUGGAGGUUGCCAAGUUGAUGAAAUUUUCAAGCUUGGUUUAAUUCACUUUGUCUGUUGGUUCAAACGUGCUGUGAAUCCAAGGGCAAUGCAGAUGGUAGCCUCAGGUUUGUACUAUAAGGCUACCUGUUGUUGCAAUUGGAAUGAUUUCUUCUCUGUUGCUGAUGAAAGAGGCAAGUAGGAAGAAGUUGAGAGAAAUAUAGAUGUAGAUAACAGAAGAUAUUGGUACUCGGGAUUUACAUUCUAAGGGAUCUUACCUGUGGAGUGCCAGAGUUAUUCUCCUUGAUAUAAAGGAGGCAUGCAUAUCUUUUCAUGUGAAUAAACCUAAUUAGAUACAUGAGCGAGGCAAGUAAAUCUUUGUUGGGGCUCAUCUACACAACCAGCUUGCAGAUGUAUGGAUGUGGCAGCUAGUUGAAAAUGGGUCUUGAUCAAUGGUGGCAGCAGCAAAGGAUUCAAACGACGGGUUUCCACAAAAUAUUUUUCUUAUAUACUUGUAUACAAGAAUUGAGAACAUAUCCCCCCACCCCCUCCCCCUUUUUCUCAUCUCCCCUUGUCUUGGGAAAUUUUGAAACCCUAACCCCUUCCUCUCCCCCCCCCCCCCCCUCCCUCCCCAAAGGAAAGGGUACCACAUCUGGGCAAUGUAUCAUAGCAAAAAGCAUCAAUUCUUUAAAUGAUUAAAAAUUUAUUAGCCAUUUGAUUAUUAA